AGUUUGUUUGUACACACCCCGCCCCUCCCGGCGGAUCAAAAGCACACACACGCUCAACAGAGCGGGAUAUUUCAUCAGCGACCACGGAAACAGCCUGCCCCUUCGCCACUAGCACCCAGAAGACAUUACAGGUCCUAAUCUGCUUCUGCAAAACACUGCAACGACCGACCUGCCACUUCGUGCUCUGGUUGCUCGUGUGACUGUUGACCCAGUCUUCCCACCUACACUUAAGGACCAAUAAUCAACAAGUACUUGGGUUACCCUCCCAUCUGCCCAAAGUACAUCUACUCUCAGAUCAGUCACACGUGUUCAGUUUGAGCUGUCGAUCGCACACACCCACAUUAGAAGGAUUUAAAACGAAGCUUAGUCACAGCAAAUAUGGCCGCCAAGUUGGCCAACUUUGGCAAAAUCCUGCUGCGCCGCCGGGCAUUAGACUGCUCUUGUGAGGAGACCCGAUUUGCCCGCUGCCUGUCCACGCUAGACCUCAUCGCCUUAGGGGUGGGCUCCACACUCGGCGCCGGUGUGUACGUCCUCGCUGGUGAGGUCGCCCGAGAAAAAGCAGGUCCGGCUAUCGUCCUCUGCUUCCUCAUCGCUGCGCUGUCCUCCAUGUUGGCCGGACUGUGCUACGCUGAAUUUGGCGCCCGUGUCCCGAAAACCGGUUCUGCAUACCUUUACAGCUAUGUGACAGUGGGAGAAGUCUGGGCCUUCAUCACUGGGUGGAAUCUCAUCCUCUCCUAUGUGAUCGGUACGGCCAGUGUUGCUCGGGCGUGGAGCUCAACGUUUGACAGCUUAGUUGAACAAAAGAUCUCUGACUUCUUUAAAGCCUCCAUGACAAUGAAGGUGCCCGGGAAUGUGCUGGCAGAGUACCCUGACCUGUUCGCCCUCAUCCUGGUCCUGCUGCUCUCUGGACUUCUGGCCUUUGGCGUGAAUGAAUCGGCGUUGGUGAAUAAGAUCUUCACAGGCAUCAAUCUGGUGGUUCUGGGCUUCGUUAUCAUCUCUGGCUUUGUUAAGGGGGACACAGCCAACUGGAACCUGACGGAGGAAGACUACCACAGGUUCAUAAACGACACCAACUGCAGCAGGGUUGCGAAAGUCGAAGAGGAAUUUGGCGUGGGUGGCUUUGCGCCGUUUGGCUUGAAUGGAGUCCUGUCUGGUGCGGCCACCUGCUUCUACGCCUUCGUGGGCUUUGACUGCAUCGCCACAACAAGCGAAGAAGCAAAGAACCCCAUGCGCUCCAUUCCUGUUGGCAUCGUCGCCUCGCUGCUGAUCUGUUUUUUUGCCUACUUUGGUGUGUCUGCCGCUCUGACCCUCAUGAUGCCGUACUACCAGCUGAACACCCAGAGUCCUCUGCCUGAGGCCUUCAGCUACGUCGGCUGGGCUCCAGCCAGAUACAUCGUGGCUGUGGGCUCUCUCUGCGCUCUGUCCACCAGUCUCCUCGGCUCCAUGUUCCCCAUGCCCCGUGUCAUCUACGCCAUGGCGGAGGACGGGCUGCUGUUCCGUUUUCUGUCCAAGAUUAACGCUCGCACCAAGACUCCUCUCCUGGCUACCAUUGCGUCUGGCGUUGUUGCAGCUCUGAUGGCCUUCCUGUUUGACCUGGCAGCUCUGGUGGACCUCAUGUCCAUUGGAACUCUGUUGGCGUACUCUUUAGUGGCCAUCUGUGUCCUCAUCCUCAGGUACCAGCCAGGCACCCUGAGUUCGUCCAGCCAGACGGAGAAGCUUGUGGAGCUGGUAGAGGGCGAGAAGGUGGCUGUAAGCGGAGGGGACAGCGGUGACGAGUACGACAUGGAGACGGAGGAGAGGCCGCUCCGUGAGACCUUCACUGCUAAGCUGCUCUUCUGCCCAAGUGGAAAUAUCCCAACGCAGACCUCUGGGAACAUCGUCUACGCCACCACUGCUAUUAUUUCUCUUUUCAUCACAGUACUGUGCGUUAUCCUCGCCAACUGUCUCACGGAGCUGCUGGCCGGCCAUGCAGCCGUCGUGGUGCCGUGCGUGAUCUUGACCCUGCUCUGCAUCGUCUGUCUUGUCAUCAUCUGCAGGCAGCCUGAGAGCAAAGAGGCUCUCACCUUCAAGGUCCCUCUGCUUCCCUGGUUGCCCCUGUUCAGCGUUUUUGUCAACAUCUACCUCAUGAUGCAGCUGGACCGGGGGACAUGGUGCCGCUUUGCUGUCUGGAUGCUUAUCGGUUUCGUCAUCUACUUCUUUUAUGGAAUUAGGAACAGCAGUGAAGGUGCCAAAAGGUCGUCCCCACGUAAAUACGAGCCCGCGCUGCAGACCAAGAGCCCAAUUUACACCGGCGCUCCGGACGACAGUGACAUGGAAGCAGGCAGCAGCCCCUGAGACGCACCGACGUAGACCUGGGGAGUGUUUCCAGAGCCUCUACACUCAUUUUGGCGGUCCGGUUGAACUAGCAGCCAAAUGCUGGAAUGUAGGCGGCUUGGAACGCAGCCCUGGGUUUAGGAGGGAGGAGAGGCAACACACACACAUCUUACCUCUGAUUUGGAGGCUGAUUAACUUGAUGGCUAGACACUGUGAGAGAGCCACUCUGGCCCAUGUGUGUUUCAAUCUGUUUGUACUUAGCCGUAGCCCUCUGGGAGAUAUUUACCUGCCUCUAACACAUGCUACGAAUGGACCUAACUAACAAAGAGUACUGUGGGUCUCCUCAUCCAAGUUCUGUUUUCUGUUAUAUGGGAUAAUGUUAGAUUUUAAGUGUUUUCGUCUGUUUCCUCUCCGUUAUUAGUGGCAGCAGUAUCGACCCCUAGUGGGCCGGUGGCUCCACGCGGGCCACUAGGGGUAGAUGCCAACUAGUAUGUGCAUGACUAAAAAUUAUGACUUGAGCCAGCGACAUUACGAUCGUAAAGACACUUGGAUCAGUGAGCUCGACCUCAGAAGCCACCACAAAGUGACAGGGCCUUCAGUGGUUAACGCGUCUAGUUUAUUGGUCCUUGUUUAUUGCACCAGCCCGUUUGUUUGUGAGUAAACAGGGUAGCGCUGAGGCUGUUGACUUACAAUGCCAGUCAGGGCCUCGGUGCAGUUAGGUCAGUAGCACAUAGACGACGAUGAUGUCAUCAGCACCGUUCGGUUCAGUGUCUGAAGCUGAAGUACAUGCCUUACACAUCACCCUUCUGCCCCUCCGCUCCCAGAGAACAGCCAUACAGUCAUUGAACCCUUUAAAAUGGUAUGAAAUCACUCGCUUAUCGUAAAUUAUUCAAUAAUUUCUUGCUUACAGACAUGUUGAAUGGUAUUUGCAGGUAUUUUGUGGCCUUUGUUCCAACCUAAACCAAAUGAUUUUUUAAUGGCUUUGAACAGAAAUGAACUCCUUUUCCUCCAUCAAAAGGACCUUUUGAGUCCAGAAAUUAAAGUAAGAACUGCAAAGCAGGAGUCAGAAGACUUGCCCGUAUUUGGUUGUACAUGUACAUGUUACAUGUGCAUGUAAAUAUCUACGAAUUUUAAAACAUCCAUCUGGUUAAUUUGAUCAUUCCAGAGUUCAUUUACACACUUGCACCCGUCUGUUUCACAUGAUUUGCAUGGCUGUAUGGGGAUAUUUUUGCAUAUCUGAGGAGAUUUGCACUCGACACGCACAUUAGUGACAUUAAGUUAUCUCUUGACGAGCAUUUACAAUUUCAGUUAAUAUAAUCUGUCUCCAACUGAUCUGGGAGCUGAGGAUCUGUUUCUGAACAAGGGGUCUGUCUUUAUUCUCUUAAUCUCCUUUUUGUUUUUACUUCCUUUUGAGAAGACUCACAAAAGUUCUUGUUUAGUUUCAAUUGAAACUUGUUUUUGACAGCUUUGGCUGUUGAGUUCACUUUUACUUUUAUUGUAUUCAACUGUACCUUGUUUUUACUACUUUAUUUACUUCUACUGAUAGAACUGUUAAUAUUCAAAUCUUUUAAGUAUUGUUUGUUAGGGACAUAUUAUGUUAUAUCAGUCACAAUCAGUUUAAUAUGAGUUUUAGAUGUUAAUGUAUUUGAAUUUCUACAUGUACAGUUUUUAGUAUGCUUCUAUUUUUUGGGUCUCCUUGUUUUUACUUUUGUUGGAAAUGUUUUGUGUAAAAAAUUUAAAAUGUAAUCCUUUCUGACCAAAUGAACUUGUUUUUGGAAACGAGUUCAACAAAGAAUGACCACUAAAAGUUGUUCUCUAAAUUGUGAAAUAUGAAAGAAUGUUUUUACCCCAACCCUCUAGAGUCAAUAUAACUUAUUGUUUAUAGUAUGUUUUGUUGAUUGAGUAAAGUACUUAACUGUAAAAUGUACAGUAUUUGUUUAAAAAUGUAUCUUUAUUUUUAAAAUGCUGUAAAUCAUACCCUCUUUUUAACAUGACUGAGUAUAAUAUGGUAUGGGCUGUUUUAUUUGUUGUAAAUUACCAUUGGAAGGUGUUUCAUUUGACACCUAAUGCUACUGAAAUACAAAUUAUUCAAAUUGAGCCCUUUUUUCAGAUAAAAUGGUCCCGCUGGAUGCAAUAUUGAAGCAUUGUUGUACAUACUCGAUGUCCCCAAAGUGCAUUUUUUUUGCUCCUUUUUUUUUUUUUUUUUUUUUUUUUAAAGAAGAAAACACAACAAAAAAAAAAAGAAGAAAACAAACUAUCAAGUGGAGAAGGGAGUGGCGGUAGAGGGUUGGGUUCAGCCAGUGUUUCUCGAGAAUGUGAGUCACUAAACUUGUGCCUGAAGAACCGGCCUUCAAAGACUGUAAUUGUGACGUCUGCCUGCCAGCGACAUCAUAAACGGGCUUUGUGGCUGUCAGAGCGCUCAUACUCGGCCCUCGUGCCUUUACAGUCUACUCUCCUCUUAAUGCCAUCUCAUUAACACCAUUUGUUUUUCUUUGUUUCUAUAUUUCUGUACAUAUCACCGCCAGCUGUAUUUUCUGUGUUUUAAAAAUAAAUAAAACAAUAAUUCAAUCAUUCAAGCUUACGGCA